CUAAAAAUUGAAGAUUGGUGCAUGUGAUAUUGCUUGCUACACAUAUUGCUUUGAAUUACUUGCAGUAACAGCUUCUUGAAAUUGCCUAGCAUAGGAAAUUGACGCUCUCCUUUGGUUCAAAUUGGCCCAUCUUAAUUUCGAGUUCUACUGUCUUGAAUAACCUUUGCUUUUACUGUACGGAUGUAAUUAGCACUUGAAUUUCGUAGUUUCCAUCUCUGACAUACAUGUACAUAUGUUGGUUGUCGUCCAGGAUAGGUGACAUCGAUGUAGUUGGUUUCUUAGGUGGUGGAACCUCAGUCUUACAGCUGUUAUUGGGCUUCUGAUGUACUUUUGGCGAUAGGUUCGAUGUCAACAGACAUGUUGGUGCCUUUAUAGUGAAUUAAAAUCUUAAUCACUGCUUGGUUGGUGUCUUGGUAGAUCCUAAAAAUUGAAAUCUUAAUCAUUGAAAAGUUGUUUUGUAACUGAACAUUAAGUUGGUAGUGGUUCUUGAAUUCUUUUAUUGAAGGACUUGGAGACUUGGUUGCAAUUGCUGAACGUAUGGCUACUGUGAAGCACAAGAUAUUGGUUUUAUCAGGCAAGGGUGGAGUCGGGAAGAGCACAUUCUCUGCUCAACUGUCAUACGCACUAGCAGCUAUGGACUUCCAGGUUGGGCUCAUGGACAUUGACAUCUGUGGCCCAAGUAUCCCCAAGAUGCUUGGCCUAGAAGGUCAAGAAAUUCACCAAAGCAACCUUGGCUGGUCUCCCGUCUAUGUUGAAUCAAACCUUGGGGUCAUGUCCAUUGGAUUCAUGCUUCCGAACCCAGAUGAAGCUGUCAUAUGGAGGGGGCCCCGCAAAAAUGGGCUUAUCAAGCAAUUUCUGAAGGAUGUUUAUUGGGGGGAGCUUGAUUUUCUUGUGGUUGAUGCCCCGCCUGGGACUUCUGAUGAGCACAUUUCAAUUGUCCAAUACCUUCAGGCUACCGGAAUAGAUGGUGCAAUUAUUGUCACGACUCCACAACAAGUCUCUUUAAUUGAUGUGCGAAAAGAAGUGAGUUUCUGCAAGAAAGUUGGAGUUGAGGUUCUUGGGGUUGUUGAGAACAUGAGUGGCUUGUGCCAGCGAUUGACAGAUUUUAGGUUUGCAAAGUUGACGGAGAAUGGUGAACAAAAUGAUAUUACAGAAAGAGUUUUAGGGUACAUGAGAGAGAAAGCUCCAGAAAUGCUAGACUUGAUUGCCUGCAGUGAAGUAUUUGAUAGCAGCGGUGGUGGUGCAACACAAAUGUGCCAGGAGAUGGGAGUACCUUUUCUUGGGAAGGUACCAUUGGAUCCACAGCUUUGUAAGGCUGCUGAAGAGGGUAGAUCCUGCUUUGCAGAUCAGAAGUGUGGGGUAAGUGCGCCUGUAUUAAAGAGUAUAAUAGAGAAACUACUGGUGAUGAAUCAGUGGCGUGAAGAACUGCAGCAGAUUAGCGAAUAGAGGCUCAUUAAGUUAGAUACUGUAAUGAUGCGUGUGAGACAGAUUUUCUUUUCUUUCACUUGAUUUUUAUUAAUGCAUUUUGUUUUUCUGAA